AUGAUCGCCAACGUGACAUACGGCUACACUUCGGCGGGCUUUUCGGGGCGCAUGCCAUUCGCGGAGCUGGCGGACGCCAUUGUUCAGUCGGGAAGGGAGACCCUGCAGAACGCCAUCAAGAUGGUGGAGGCGCACAGGGACUGGAAGGCCAAGGUGGUGUACGGAGACACGGACUCGCUGUUCGUCCUGUUGGAAGGCAGGUCGCGGGAGGAGGCUUUCAGGAUCGGGCAGGAAAUUGUGUCUGCUGUCACGAGCGCGAACCCCUCUCCCAUCAAGCUGAAGCUAGAGAAGGUCUAUCAGCCGUGCGUGCUUCAGACGAAGAAACGCUACGUGGGGUUCAGCUAUGAGCACCCAUUGCAACAGCAGCCCGUUCUCGACGCCAAGGGCAUCGAGACCAUCCGUAGGGAUGCGUGUCCCGCGGUGGCAAAGAUCCUGGAACGCACGCUCAGGAUUCUCUUCACGACGAAGGACCUGUCCCAGGUGAAGUCGUACCUAUGUCGACAAUGGUCGAAGAUCCUGUCGGGGCGCGUUGCCCUGCAAGAUUUCGUCUUCGCCAAAGAAGUGCGCAUGGGCAGCUACAGCGCCACCGCGGGCGCCAUACCGCCAGCCGCAAUUGUGGCAGCAAAGGCGAUGUCCGUGGACCCUCGCGCAGAGCCCCGCCACGCCCAGCGCAUCCCCUACGUCGUCAUCUACGGCGAGCCCGGCGCCCGUCUGGUGGACAUGGUCGUGGCGCCCCACGCCCUGGUGGACUCCCGCGGGACCUUGCGCCUGCAUGGCCUGUACUACAUCACCAAGCAGAUCAACCCGGCUGUGGGGCGGGUGAUGGCCCUCGUGGGUGCGGACGUGGCAGCCUGGUUCGCCAGGAUGCCGCGGCCCAUGAGGAUGAUGCCGCAGAAGCGGCCUCAGUGGGCGCUGCCGCUGGGGGCCCCGUCAGAGGGGGAGGGCCAUGGGGCGACCAUCGAUUCGUACUACCUGUCGAGGCACUGCGCGGUGUGUGACGGCCUGACGUACGCGCACCAGGCCGUGUGCCCCCGCUGCAUCGAGGACCCCCAGCUGUCGUUGGGCGUCCUGACGGCGAGGGCUAGCCGCCUACAGCGCCUCCACGCCCAGCUCGUGCGGGUCUGCCUGAGCUGUGGCGGGGCCGGUGGGGCCGAUGGCGGCAUCUCCUGCCGCUCCCUCGACUGCGGCGUAUUUUUUGAUCGGAAGAAGCUCAUGGGCGAAAUGGCGACUGCGGAAGUGCUGGCACGCUCUGCAGGAGAGCUGUUCUGA